AUGCAAGAUAUCAGACAGCCUACUCGAGCAUUAACUCGACCAAGAUAUUAUGACAAUGAUUUUCCCAGCAAUCCAGCAGAUUAUCUCGCCGCGAAUCGAGAUUUGACUCAGCGGUACCUUCAAUUAAUUGAUAUUUCGUGGAUACGUGCACACCUUCCGAGGAUCACACGAGAACAAAUACUUCCGCAUACCGAUCCUAGACGCACUCAACAUUCCCCUCCUAUAGCAAGCAUCGCGGCGCCUAAUUCUUCCCGGACUCCGGGGCGCAGGGUUCGACGUCCUCAAAGGCAAGAAGACACCGCAUCUGGGCAAAAUGCAACCGACCGCCCACCCGGCGCCCAUGAAAUUCGGAAAAGCAAAUUGGCGAAUUUGUUCAAGCCGAUGCUUGAGAAAGAUUUUCCCGUGAUACUUAUCUGUUGGGGCAAAGAAGAGCGUUGCCAGAUUGUUCCGGUGGUAAUCACUGACCCAACCGAUGAGGUUACUGCAUGGCAAACAAUUUCCCAGGAAUAUUACGCACACAAGGGCUCUUGGACGAAAUAUUUGCCGUGGUGUUGUGUGAAUAAGGUGGAAAUCGCUGAUAUUUCUAUUGCAGGAAAAAAGCUGGCCAAGGGUACAGGUAAUGAAUAUGUUGGAAUUUAUCACACUGAAGACCUGGUUGCCAAAAGGAAACAUCUGGAGCAAGUCAUUGCGGAUUACAAGCCCCGGGAGUGGUUUUGUCCGUAUGACAUUUCUACUGGAACCGUGGACUGUGUUGGUGAGUGUGUAGAACGCUGCAUGGAUAAUGAAGAAUGCUCAGAGAGGAUCAAAUACAAGGCGGAACGUGAGCUUUCGUUACUGAGUCUUCGACCUAUACUUACUCAGUGCUUUUUCCGAGCUGAUAUUGCUGCACACAAUUCCCUCCUUAACAGUGAGGGAUUGAUACAUGGUCACACAUGCUUGGCAUUGCCCGGAGUCGGGGGAGAUCCGAUUUCGCGGCUUAAUGAUCCGCAACUAUUGGGAAUGCAAUCAGCAGCAUGCGCUGCUCAUUAUAAUAGUGAUACUGGUUUUGCUGAGCAUACCCUUUGCAAAAUUAAUUUUCAAUGA